AUGGUAUCGAAUGGGCAUGGCAGAAGUAGGGUCAGCCCGGACAAGUCUUCUCUGGGUCCUCCCAAAAGGAGCACAAGAGGUGCCACUGUGGAUUACUCAAAUCAACUCAACGCCUCAAAACGAAGCAUAAAUGGCGAUGGCAAGGCGAAUCCAAAUAAAAAACCUAAGAUAGAGGAAGUUAAGUCCGAAAAUUUAGGUUUGGAACAGAAUCUCGUUGAUACAAUCACUGAUUUCAACCUUAGUUUGAACGAGCUCUUCCAGCUAAAAGAGUACGGGUCCUUGGUUGAAUGGAAGCCAAGAGACUUUUCUCAGGCACUCAACGACCAGAUUCCUGAAAUUCUAGAAUAUUUCAUCAAUCAGAAUGACUAUAAACUUAUAUGGGAUGAAUCAUCUCUCGAAAACAUGGAUGAUAUACCACUACGUUUGCAGAAGAAGAAGAUCAUGGAAAGAGAAGAGAUGCUUCGAACAAAGUAUCCUUUUAUGGAUUCUGUUAUUGAACAGAGUACUAGCAAAGAGACUUCAUUGCUUGAUUUCAGCAGUGCAACUUCCAAACGUAAACCAGUUGAACAUGCCCCUCCUGUUAAAGCGACCAAAAAGCAAGGCAAAAAGAAGGCUCCAGUUACUCCCAAGAUUGAGUCUGAAGAGGAGCUCUCCGAUUCAGCGCCUGCAGAAGAAGCAGAGGAGGAGGAGUCCGAGGAAGAGUAUGAUAUGGACGUAAACACCAACUACAAGCUCAAACAGAUAAGUUUCACCGUUCCUUCCAUCAAAAUUACGCAUCCAUCCCAUAUCCCUCUGUGGCGUCCUCUGGAAGGUAAUGAGAAUGACAUACGAAGUGGCGACAGUCAGAGAGAAAUCACUCCCUACGACCCUGAGCCUCUUCAGGUCAUUGCAAGUAACAACGACAACUUCCAUGUUCCUACAGUCGAAAACAAGCUCUCCACUUUCCUUUCCGAAAAAUUCAAGGCCCCUAUUGUCGAUGACACCAAUCCAGACUAUGGCAAUACUCCUGAAGAGUAUGAGACUGUACUUGACAAUCAACGUCAUCUCCUAAAACGUUUAUAUGAAAAGGUUGCAGUUGAGGAACGUUUCGAACUUAAUGGUGACAGAGUUGAAAGAAGGAAGGUAAUGCUUCCAAACGUUUCAAACCAGAAACUUUACUCCGAUCCUUUUAGGGACACCGGUUGCAUUGCUCCAAAGAUACAGGGAGCUACAAAUGAUCAGACUUUCCAGGACUAUUUUGUCGAACAGGGAGCCUCGUUUUCUAAGAUUCAUCAACAAAUGAGGAGGCUGCAUCAAGCUAGAGCUAGAAAAGUUGCCCAGAUGGUCGACCAGCACUUUAGAAAAAAGAGAGGUGAGAAAGAGAGAUUAGCUAAAGAACGCGAGCAAAAUCUUAAGAAGAUCAGUCGUCUCGCCAUUCAAUCCGUCAAGAAGCGUUGGUCUCAAGCGCAUAAGGUUUACCGUCAUAUUCAACAUGAAAAGGAAGAAGAGCUCAAACAAAGAGAAGGCAGGGAGCACUUGAGUAAAAUGCUCGAACACUCCACACAACUUCUUGAAGCCCAGCUCAAUAAGUCCGAAGAGAACACUACUGCCGGUGAAGCUGAUUCAGAUGAUGAUGACGAUGAGCAGGAGCAGGACUCCGAAAAUUUCUCAUCAUCAGAAUCAGAUUCUGAUGGUGACCUGGACUCUAAUGCUUUUGACAAACCAGACAGUGAGUGUACCAUAGAAGAGUUGAAGAAGAAGUAUGCAGACAUGGAAAGCUCUGUCGAAGCAUCAUCGCGGAUGGAGACCGAAGAAGAAGCUGAUGAAGAUGAGGUCGAAUCUAGUGAGGAAUCGGGCGGUCUUGCUGCAUUGUAUGGUAAAGAUGUCAAGGAAUUAACGCCAUCCACUCCAGCUGAAUACACUGAAGAUCAGAAGAAGCUUAUUGCCGAUAUGGCUAAUGAAAAAGACGAGAGACUCGUUGAGUCUGAGCAAUCAGACGAUCUGAUGACGGAGGAGAGUUCAUCUGAAUCGGAGGAAGAAGAUGUGAGCAUGUCCGAGAGUGAGGAUGGUGCAAACUCCGGAGGUCUUGCUUCGCUCUACAACCAACCUUCCGAAGAUAAGGUUGUCGACGAAGGAGAAAGUGAAGGUUCAACAGUUGAAGACGAGGAGCCCAAGACCCCCACUGCGGAGGAGAAAAUCGAGGAAAUCAAUGGUCUCAAGGUCAAGGAUGUUCCUGUUCCAUCAUUACUCAGAGGUACUUUGCGUCCUUAUCAGAAGCAAGGUCUCAACUGGCUCGCCAGUUUGUACAACAAUGACACUAAUGGUAUUCUUGCUGACGAGAUGGGAUUGGGUAAGACUAUCCAAACAAUUGCAUUACUUUCAUACCUUGCAUGUGAACAUCAUAUUUGGGGACCUCAUUUAAUCAUUGUACCCACUUCCGUGAUGCUUAAUUGGGAAAUGGAGUUCAAAAGGUUUGCUCCUGGUUUUAAAGUGUUGACAUAUUAUGGUUCUCCACAAGAAAGAGCUAGGAAGAGGAAGGGUUGGAACAAGAUAGAUACCUUCCAUGUCUGUAUCACAUCUUACCAGUUAGUUGUGCACGACCAUUCUUCAUUCAAGCGUCGUAAGUGGAGAUACAUGAUUUUGGAUGAAGCUCACAACAUUAAGAAUUUCCGUUCCAACAGAUGGAAAGCUUUGCUCAAUUUCAACACAGAGAAUAGAUUGUUGCUUACCGGUACACCAUUGCAAAAUAAUCUUAUGGAGUUAUGGUCUUUGUUGUACUUCCUUAUGCCAUCUUCAAAGGUGGAUCAGAUGAUGCCUGACGGCUUUGCUAAUUUUGAAGACUUUCAACAGUGGUUCGGUAAACCAGUGGACAAAAUUCUUGAGAAAACUGGUACGGGAGAUGUCAUGGAUGAGAAUGUGACUGGUCGCUUGGACGAAGAGACAAAGAAUACGGUAGCAAGAUUGCACCAGGUUUUGCGUCCAUACCUUUUAAGACGUCUUAAGAAAGAUGUUGAGAAGCAGAUGCCUGGCAAAUAUGAGCAUAUUGUCUACUGCCGUUUGUCAAAACGUCAAAGAUAUUUAUAUGACGAUUUCAUGUCACGAGCUAAAACAAAGGAGACUUUGGUUUCAGGAAACUUCCUUUCCAUCAUCAAUUGUUUGAUGCAAUUGAGAAAAGUCUGCAAUCAUCCUGAUCUUUUCGAAGUUCGUCCUAUUGUCACCUCCUUCGCUGUUCCUAGGAAUGUAUCAAAUACUUUCAAGGUCCAGGAUCUGACUGUCAAAAGACUUUUGGCCGAUGCCCCUGGUAAGAACGCUAACUUUUCUGUCCUUAAUUUGGAUGUCACCAGAAGUGACGACUUGAAUUGGUUUGCUGCAGAAGGACGUGAGCGUUUGAAGUCAAGCAAGGAGAUAGAGAAGGAGAUUCAAUAUCUCGACGACAUAAUUGCCAAGGGUAAGGAAGCGCAAGAUCCUAGUUACACAGACGUCGUUCAGUUGAACAAGUUUUUGAAGUUGCAAGAGCAGAUUGAACACAGGGACAGAUUGAAGCAUUGGUUAUACCUCAACAAUUUGAGGUGUUCUCGAAUCCCUCUUUAUGGAGCGACGGUGCUCGAUAGAUUGAAGGGUGCUUACACAGAGACUCGUUGCGAGUUAUUCGAAUCCAUGAUCUACGACAUACCAAAGAGGGCUGAGAUUAUGAAGGAUACGAUUGAGAAGUACGGUGUUGUGACGCCCAGUGUUGUGGCUCUUGAUAUGAAGGAUCAACUUAUCCCUGUGGAAACUCAAUAUGCUGUUCGCUCAGGAGUCCAAGAGAAGGCAAUUACCAACCCAUUCCAUCAGGCUCAAGUCAAACUUUCGAUCGCGUUCCCAGAUAAGCAACUUCUUCAGUUUGACUGUGGUAAAUUACAAAAGCUUGCUGCUUUGUUGCAAGAUUUGAUUCCAAAGGGUCAUAGAGCAUUGAUUUUCACUCAGAUGACUAAAGUGUUGGACAUUUUGGAGCAAUUCCUUAACAUUCACGGACACAGGUACAUGCGUUUGGACGGUGCUACGAAAAUUGAAGAUCGUCAAUUAUUGACAGAGAAGUUUAACAGAGACCCUAGAAUUCCUGUUUUCAUCUUAUCCACAAGAUCCGGUGGUCUUGGUAUCAAUCUUACAGGUGCCGAUACCGUUAUUUUCUAUGACUCAGAUUGGAAUCCCGCUAUGGAUAAACAAUGUCAGGACCGUUGUCACAGAAUUGGACAACUGAGAGACGUUCACAUCUACCGUUUCGUCUCCGAAUACACUAUCGAAUCCAACAUUUUGAAGAAGGCUAACCAGAAGAGGCAAUUGGAUAACGUUGUUAUUCAAGAGGGUGAGUUCACGACAGACUACUUGGGUAAGUUCUCUGUGAGAGACUUGGUUAGCGACACCAGCAUUAUUUCAGACUUACCCGACAACCCAAUUGGUGACAGUGCUAAUGUGGACAUCUUGGCACAAGCCGAAGACGAGGCAGAUCGUAACGCUGCUAAGGAAGCCAUGAAAGAAGUCGCUGUUGAUGAUGAAGACUUUAACGAAGAGAAUAAAGAGGACCCCAAGGCCAAGGGACCUCGUGGAGUUAAAGGAGGCAAUUUGGAUGACGCUGACUAUGACGAAGGUGUGGGACACAUCGAUGAGUACAUGUUGCGUUACAUUGCCGAAGGCUACUACGCCGAAUAA